AUGAACCCCCAUAUCUCCGUGCCCCGUCAACAUGCCGGUCCGGCCAACCUCGGCGGGUCAACGCCGCCCAGUCGCCGGUCCAGCGUGCGCAUGCCGCGAUUCUUCAAGAGACUGUUCAAGUUCCCGCAGAUGGACUUUGAAAUGGCCAUUUGGGAGAUGACUUCGUUGUUAAUUGCCCCGAAGAAGGUCUUCAAGUCGAUUUAUUACCAUAAACGUAAGUUGCAAGCUACUCUGCGCGGAUAUACCUCGACGUUAUUAACCCUUCCCGCUUCACCAGAAACCAAGAAUACAUGGCAUCGGCCAGACCCAUCCUUCACCUACCUCCUAUCCUUCUUCCUUCUCCUCACAGCCCUCGCCUGGGGAUUAGCUUAUACCCCAUCCUUCGGCGCAAUUAUCCGCCUCAUGUUCUUCUUCAUCUUUAUCCACUUCAUUGGAUCUUCCCUCCUCGUCUCGACCAUCGGCUACUUCGUCAUCGGCCGACUAUUCGGCCCGGACGGCGCUGCCACGUCCUUGGCCGGCUUGCGCGGCUCCCGAGGCCGACGACGCGGCGCCGCACAGGGGCUGUUUGCCCAGCCGGGGGAAAAGGAACAGCUAGAGUUUGGAUAUUGUUUUGAUGUCUCCAACCGUGCUUUCUUCCCCCUCUACCUCCACCUCUACGUGGUGCAGUUCUUGCUCCUCCCGCUCCUCACUCGUAGCCCGAGCAACUUCCUGGCCACGUUCCUCGGAAACACACUAUAUCUGUCCGCGCUCAUCUACUAUACCUACAUCACCUUCCUGGGGUACAAUGCCCUACCCUUUCUGCACAACACCGAGCUGCUGCUCGCUCCCAUCCUGAUAUUUGCGGUGCUUUGGCUCGUCAGUCUGAUUGCUGGCUGGGGGGUGGUCGCGCAAGGCCACAGUGUCGAGGGCUUGUUCUGGGGGGUGUGA